AUGGAUGAAGAUGCAGUGCCAUCAGCCGUUCGCUUUGCAUUUAAAGACUAUAAAAUUGACAAGGAUAAAAGGAAACACAGUGCAAAAUGCGCGCAUUGUCCGGAAAGUAGAACAUCGAUCGCUGAAUCCUUGGGUACAACAUCAAAUUUUACGCGACAUAUGAAGACCCAUCCACAUGUGUAAGUAUAAAUAUACGUGUAACUUCGUGUAACUUUAAUAUAUUGAAAUCUUUUGCCGUAUUUUUAAUACUGUGGGUUAUGCAAAUAACCACAUUAAUUUAUAUUUUAUCGUGGGUUAUGUAAAUACAGCGAAGAGCCUUGCUGCAUAAAUUAUUUAUAAAUAUAGUUAUAAAUAUAGUUGACUACCCAACCAUUGAAACAUGCCUGUUACAGGAACUUCAAUAUAAAGUAAUAAAACAAAAUGUGAUACAGUCAUAUUGUAGCUAAAGUUUGUAAGGAUCAUGGAAAGGUUUGGAUAGGAGUCAGGCAGUAAAUAAUUUGAAAGUUAUCUUUUCUACUACUAGAACAUUGAAUAAUGAUUAUUAUUAUUAUAUUAUUGUUUCAACGUUGACUGAAAUGCCUCUUAUCCCCCAUAAACUCAGGUGGAAAAGUUACCAGGAAUAUCAGAAGCAAAAGAAAAACAAGUUUACUGGUAACCUAUCUUCAAACCAAACCACCCUUACUGGCCUUAAAGUUGCAGCACUUGGACAAUCUGGAUUUGGAAGAUCGCUUUUCCAAUCUGGUGAAAGGCACUAUUCGCCCACCAGUUCACGUGCUCAGGCAAUUCAUAAGUCAUUGAUAAAUCAAUUAAUUGUUGGCGAAAGCUUGCCCUUACGCAUUGUUGAAUGA